UAUAUGAUUACACACACAUUUUUCAUCACAUUAGACACAUUACACAUCAUCAUUGUUUAGUUUCAUUUUCAUUUUUCCGUUCACACUGAUAGCGAAUGGCAUUGAUGUUGGAUUGAUCGGUCCGGAUCCGGGUGGAUGACGAAUUCAGUAUGUAUCACGCGGACUCCUCUUACAAUGCAUACAGGAGGAGUCGGCGCAAGUUUUCCCUAAUAACAUAUCUGUUGCUGGGGCUAUGGCUGAUACUGGCUCUGGGGCAAUGGCUGUUGCUCACAAUGCUUCUAGAUAUGAAUCUGACCUUCCGGUUUUACUAUUAUAUUAGCAUUGUCGCCUUCCUGCUGGCCAUUGUACUCUUUGCUAUAUUCCUGUUCCUUGAGAAGGCCCGUUGGAAGACAGCACCCGCCGUCAUAAUAAGCAUUCUGAUUGUGGAACUGCAAAUCAUUGGCUCAUUCACGCUCGUCGCCCAGGCUCAUUGGAUGGACAUGCUCAUCUACUUCAGCAUCUGCCUCGUGCUCAUAGUUCUCUUUGCAAUAAUCGGCGUCUUCUUGCCGCAGAAGAUGGAUCUCACACUUCAUGUCGCUUUGCUAUUUAUUGUGGCGUUCCUAUUUUUGUUGAUCGGAGUCUACUUCUUGUUGAUGCAUUUAAUAGAGCCUUUCAUACAGCCAUAUGCCUAUCUCGUCUGGCAGAUAUCCAUUACAAUAACCUUGAUGUUUUUUGUUAUGUAUCAUGCACAAACAAUUAACGGCAGCCGAUUCGCGGAGAUGCGACUGCAUGAUUAUUGUCUUGGUUCUCUGAUCCUAUUCCAUGAUUUUCUGAUCAUAUACUGGCUAACAUUGUAUUGGCAAGUCUAUGCUAGGUUGGCGGCAGAUCCCUUAUGGGGUAUGCUGAGUACUGCGGCUUUGAAAAGCAACCAUAAUCCCAAAUUCAUUGAUCUAAGAAACGAAGAUUAUAGUGAUGAUUUGGUUUAUAUAACCCCUAGUAGCCAUCAGAAUAAAGUGAGAGUAAGGAGCGGAACAACUGAGAUAUCGAUAACCCUCGACUUUAUGGCGGAUGAUAUGAGUAUGUUUUCAAACCCAGUUAAAGACAAGUUGCCUAAUUUGUUUGAUCCCGAUCCCAUUGAAAAUCGUGCAUAUGAUUUUCGAGGAAAAGAUAAAGAUCAAUCAGAUCAACAAUAUGUUCUUGAGCCCGAUGAAAGCACAGUAAAUCCAGAGGACAAAGACGCCAAGGCUUACUCGAGGAAACCAGGUAACACAACCAGAUCCAAUGAUACUUUUCAAGAAUGACGAAUACUAUUGAUGUGAGAAAGUAAAUAAUAAAAAAAUAAGUAAAAUAA